UCUCCCUUGUGAUAAACCAAUAAUGUACAAAAUGAACGUACUUUUUUGCCAAGAAAGUUGACAAAAAAAUAAAUAAAUGGAGGUUUUCAAGAAGAAAAAAUGUAGAGCAAUCAGAAAAAGACGCCAUUCAUCAGAGAGCGAUGACAAUUCGAACGAAGAUGCAGAUAACAUAGAAUCUAAGUUAAAAGACAUAAAGGAAUUACAAAAGCAAAGAGAGAAACCCAAAGGUGUGAGUGCUGCUGUACUGGCAUUGGGGAAGAAAAUACCUAAAACAGAAGAAGUAACUGAUAAAGACCCAUUUAAAAGACUUACUGGAGGAAUUGUUGAUAUGAAAACUUUGAAGAAAUCGGACAUGUCCAAAGAAGAUGUAGAAGCCAUUGGGACAGCUUUUGCAGCAGAAACUAAUAGAAGGGAUGAAGACACAGAAAUGUUGAAAUAUGUAGAAGAUCAACUUGCAAAGAAGAAGGGCAAUGUAAAUGACAAAGAAACAGAUUUUAAACCAAAGAAAAGGGGGGACACACUAUAUGCUCUACCAGAUAAGUUGAAGAUCGAAUCUUCAUUGAAGAAUACAGAGGAUAUGUUGUCUAAUCAAAUGUUAUCUGGUAUACCAGAGGUUGACCUUGGCAUUGAAGCAAAAAUUAAGAACAUAGAGGCAACAGAGGAUGCUAAACAGAAACUUAUACAAGAGAGAUUGAAAAAGAGGGAUAACGAAGUGUCUGAUUUUGUACCAACAAAUAUGGCUGCUAAUUAUAUACAACACAACAGGUUUAAUAUUGAAGAUACAGCACCAAUCCUAAAGAAGGUAGAGGAGCCAAAACCAGAACCAUUGAGAGUAGGUGAUGCUGAGAAAUUGUCUGAAAUUUCAGGGAAGAAGAAGAGCUCAACAGAAAAAGCAACAGAUGAUUUUCAUUACGAAAAAUUUAAGAAGCACAUGAGGAGAUAAUGUCUUAUCAUAAACCAAGUGUUGUACAAUAAACUGAGUUCUAACUGAUGAUAAAUGUUUUAAAAUUUGCAAUAGUAAUGGUAAAAUGGAAAACCAAAUGGACUUAAUUUCAAGCAAAUAACAGCUAUUAAAAUAAUAUAGCAUUGAACUCACGAAGAAGACUAUUUAAACAAAGAAAAACUAAGGACUAGAAGGAGCUCAUAUAAAGACCAUUAUGUGCCAUUGAUUGUUAUAACAUCUUCAUCAUGCACAAGUCAAUCCAUGCCUGUCUUGAUGCCUUCUGGUACUAAUGUUGAAAUUUGAUCAACUGUCUAACACUACUCUAUUACUAGCAGUAGGACAGUUUAAAAUGACUCUGCUGUUAAACACAUUUAUAUUAUACAUAAGACUGAAAA